CCGCGUUGUCAAGGCGACCGUGGCCUGGGGUGCCGCAUAGUCAGUUGGAGACCCCGCGCGCCGAGCCCUGUGGACCUGCUCGGAGUCCUUCGCAGUGGCUGUUUCCCCGUAGGACCUGGAAAAGAUUUCUGGCCUCUGAGACCGUAAAGUAGGGCGGUGGGAGGCUGCGUCCCGGAAAGGCAGAGCCCACGCUGAUGGGAGCGCUUCUUUCUAGAGCCAUGGGCAGCAAGAAGAAGGAGAUCGCCUUGCAGGUCAACAUCAGCACUCAGGAGCUUUGGGAAGAAAUGCUCGGUACCAAAGGACUAACUGUGAGUACCCCUGUAAACAGAUGUCUCCUUGGGGGGAUAGAACAUGCAGGAAUAAACCCCGCUUCUUGGCUCCAUGCAGUCGUUGAUGUCUACCAAGGCUGGUGUGGGCCCUGCAAACCCGUGGUGAGCCUCUUCAAGAAGAUGAGGAUCGAGUUGGGCCUGGACCUGCUCCAUUUCGCAUUAGCAGAGGCAGACUGCCUUGAUGUCCUUGAAAAAUACCGGGGGAAGUGUGAGCCCACCUUUCUGUUUUACGCAGGAGGACAGUUGGUGGCAGUGGUUAGGGGAGCAAAUGCCCCUCUGCUGGAGAAGACCAUCCUUGACCACCUGGAGGCUGAAAAGAAGGUGCUGGCUGAAGGCAGGGAGCGACAAGUGAUUAAAGAUGAGGCUCUUUCCAGUGAAGAGGAAUGCUUUUCUCAUGAAAAAGAUGAUGGCAAAGAUGAAGAUGUUGUGUCAUCGAAGACUUGUACCCUGGCCGUCAUUAAACCAGAUGCAGUGGUCCAUGGGAAGACUGAUGAGAUUAUUAUGAAGAUCCAGGAAGCUGGGUUUGACAUUGUAACACAUGAAGAGAGAACUCUGACAGAGGCAGAAGUGCGACAUUUUUACCAACACAGAGCUGGACAGGAGGGCUUUGGAAAGCUGGUCCAUCACAUGUGCAGUGGGCCCAGCCAUCUCCUGAUCCUCACCAGAGCAGAAGACACUGAGGAAGUGAUUACUGCCUGGCGAGACCUCAUGGGACCCAGUGACCCCAAUGUGGCCAGGAGAGAGCAGCCUGAAAGUCUUCGGGCUCAAUAUGGCACAGAAAUGCCCUUUAAUGCUGUCCAUGGAAGCCAAGACAGAGAAGACGCCGACAGAGAGCUGGCACUGCUUUUUCCCAGCUUUAAGUUUUCAGAUGAAGAUACUGAAACCUCUCAGGAAACUGCUGGGAAAAUGUACGAAACUUUCUAAAGCCUACUUCAAAGCCGAGUGCCCUUUCAUGUCUUCCAUGCUCUACAGACCCCUGGUGGAGCCCCUACUGGGCUUGCAGAACAAGGGCUGCAAAGUAGAUCCUGUUGGGGAGCCCACUGUGGCCCUCUGCUCCUCAGUCCACACUGGCAUGGGUGAUGAGAGCCCAGGAUCUCCCCCUUCAUGGGGAGCGUUCACAGCCUCUAGAGAGAUGCACCAGACCCAUUAGCACUUCCAAAUCUGGGUGAGAACCCAAGGGAUCCAGAGUACCUAUGACAGUAAGAAGAGGAAGAACUGGGCUUCGCCUGUGCCAUUCCUGCUGCUGAGUUACCUGAGGGGAGGCUGAAAGCCUGGGGUAUGAGAUGAACAUCCGUGGAAAAACUAAAAGAGAGGUUUGGAUCUUUGGGAGGAAUGCCAGUGUGGAUCUGAAAUGGUAAUAAACUUCAUGUGGCUGGUUGGAUCUUAA